UGUCCCUUCUAAGGAAAACCUUACAGUCACAUUACCAGUGUGAAACAGACUCAAAUACAUUCUGUGGAAGAAACGUCUAAGGCCACCAACCAAAGUGAUUUCCAGUCAAUGUAGCAAUCCAGGGAAUGUAGGGAGCAUUCUUUCAGCCUGCUGACAUCUUCCAUUGUGGGCAAGAUCCGCCUGUGCUUAUGACAGAGCCAUCUGUACUUGGGGAACUACUGGUUUAAAAUGAAAACCAUAGAGAAUUUGGAAGAUACUUCACAUAUACCUGUAUCACAAACGGCAGAAGAGAAUGAAAAGAGGACCAAAGAGGAGCUAAUAGUAUCAUCUAUCCUGGGGAGGCGCUUUGUUCCUGCAAGUCUAAAGAGUGUGGCCUGGGAAAGCUUUACGUUUGUUGACGAAGAAAUAAAGAUUGUUGAAUCCACAGACCUCUAUGGAGCUACAGUGUGGCCUUCUGCACUUGUAUUGUGCUACUAUUUGGAAAGACAUGGAAAACAGUUAUGCCUAGAAGACAAACAUGUUAUUGAGAUUGGAGCUGGAACUGGCCUUGCAUCAGUUGUAGCUUGCCUCCUUGGAGCACACGUAACUGCAACAGAUCUGAAGGAGCUUGUUGGAAACCUUCAGUACAAUGUUACUCGGAACACAAAACAAAAAUGUAAACAUGCACCUCAAGUUAAAGAGCUGAACUGGGGACUGGACUUGGAUAAAAUAUUUCCUAAAUCGUCCAUAACAUUUGAUUAUAUCCUUGCUGCUGAUGUUGUUUACCAUCACCCUUAUUUGGAAGAGCUUCUAGCAACAUUUGAUCAUUUGUGCCAGGAUAACACCACCAUCCUCUGGGUCAUGAGAUUUAGAGAACAAAGCACAAGCCAGGCCAAUGAAUUUCUGGCUAAGUUUCAGAAAUUGUUUGACAUGGAUGUUAUCUAUGAUUUUCCUAGUCUGGACAUAAAACUGUACAGAGCUGUCAGAUGCUUCAGGAAAAUAGUCUAAGUACAGUGUUUUUUAGUUAUAUAUUUAAGUAUUGUCAAAUAUGUAAAAAAUAUUAUAAAAUAUUUGUGAACUGGAGGUGGUUUCUCUGGAAUAUAUUUCUGUUUGCAUUUAUUUUAUUUUUGCUUAUAUAUUGGUUAUAACAUACACUAAAGGGGGCAUUUACUAAUGUUUAAUGUUUUUUUACAAUUCAUAUUUUUUUGUGCCAAAAUACAAUUUUGACGUGGAAAAAAACAAACAUUUUUUUCGCCAUUUAUUAUGAGACAAAAACACAACAAAAUACAAAGAAAAAAUACCCAUCUAAAAGCUGUCAAGAUCAUGUAGAAGUCGGUGGCAGAAGACCUCCACAAGUGGAAGAUCUUUCAUUGCUUCAUGGUUUUAGAGGUUUAUCAUGGAUAAACUCUUUUUAUAAAUGACUAGACGUUCAUGGUUUUAGUUUGUUGUGCUUUAAAAAACCUCUAAAACCAUGAAAAUGAGAACGUUGAUAAAUGGCCGUCUAAGGAGCUAAUUUAUCAACUUUCAUAUUGUAAUUUUUACCAGACUCAAAUUUUUUUGCACUAGAAAUUAUGAAUUUAAACAAUGGAUUUAUACACAUAUUAAUUAUUAAGUGAAAAACUUAAUACAAAAUACAAAUUCAAGGUAUUUGAUUUUUUUCUUAUGGUUUUAUUCGAUUGCAUUUUUUAGGUUCAGAGUUUUUUUUAAAAAAAAAUGGGCAAAUAUUUGAGUUUUAUGCCAUUUGGAGUUUAUUCACAUUAAAAAAGAAAAACAAA